AUGUCUUCGACGAAGAGAAGAAAGAUCGCGGAUAAUGUCCCUUCGGGGCUGUCCACAGAGAAGAAUGGUGCAGGACCAAAAAAACGUGCGUCAAGGCUAGCUUCGCCGGAAUCUUCACGAGAAAGUAUCACAUUGGCUGGAUCAGAACCACCAGAAAGCAUCACGAUGGCUGGAUCAGAACUAGAAGCGGACGAUGAAGAACCAACGAAGUCAUUUAAAGAUUUGGGGAUUGUUGAUUCGCUCUGCGACGCCUGUGCGGCUUUAGGAUACAAAGCUCCAACACCAAUUCAAACCGAGUCCAUACCACUUGCUCUUCAGGGCCGAGAUUUAAUAGGCUUAGCAGAGACAGGCAGUGGGAAAACUGCUGCAUUUGCUUUACCGAUACUUCAAGCUUUGCUCGACAAACCGCAGCCCCUAUUUGGCCUUGUCCUUGCUCCUACUCGUGAAUUAGCAUAUCAAAUAUCCCAAGCUUUCGAAGCCCUUGGCUCUCUCAUAUCAGUGAGAUGUGCCGUUAUAGUUGGAGGGAUGGAUAUGGUCCCGCAAGCUAUCGCGUUAGGCAAGAAGCCUCACGUUGUCGUGGCUACUCCCGGGCGAUUACUCGAUCAUCUCGAAAAUACCAAGGGAUUUUCGCUACGGUCGCUGAAGUAUCUGGUCAUGGAUGAAGCCGAUCGACUCCUUGACCUUGAUUUCGGACCUAUUCUCGAUAAGAUCCUAAAGGUCCUGCCACGAGAACGCCGGACAUACCUAUUCUCGGCGACCAUAAGCUCGAAAGUCGAAAGUCUGCAAAGAGCUAGCUUGAAGGAUCCCCUACGGGUGAGCAUCAGUAGCAACAAAUACCAAACCGUGUCAACUUUGCUCCAAAGUUAUAUCUUCAUCCCUCACCCACAUAAGGAUACAUAUCUUGUUUAUCUCCUAAACGAAUUUGCUGGACAGUCAGCUAUUGUGUUUACAAGAACUGUGAACGAAACACAAAGACUGGCCAUCCUGCUUCGAGCACUCGGCUUUGGGGCGAUUCCUCUACACGGUCAGCUGUCUCAGUCUGCUCGUUUGGGCGCACUCAACAAAUUCCGGGCCGGUUCACGAGAAAUCCUAGUAGCAACCGACGUAGCAUCACGUGGUCUCGAUAUCCCGUCCGUUGAUGUCGUGUUGAACUAUGACCUACCUCCCGAUAGCAAGACUUACAUCCACCGAGUUGGUCGAACAGCGCGAGCAGGAAAGUCCGGGCAUGCAAUCAGUAUUGUGACGCAAUAUGAUCUUGAGAUCUGGUUAAGGAUAGAAGCGGCCUUGGGCAAAAAGCAGAAAGAGUACGAGACAGAAAAGGAGGAGGUGAUGGUAUUCAAGGCGAGAGUUGAGGAGGCGCAACGGCACUCCAGAAACGAGAUGAAGAACUUACACGAGGAUAGGGGCAAAAGGGGAUCAACGUUUAAGGGCAGACGACCGGAGAAAGGAGGGAAAAAGGGGCGGGAUGAGAUGGAUAGGGAGGAAGGUUAG